AAGUUUGCCAUCUUCUGCUGCUUACUGACAUUUUGUGUCUUUCAAAUGGUCCAUGCAGAUCUGGACAAAGAUGUGAAUUCUUAUUACACGGAAUAUCAGAAUACAUUGCAGAAAUAUGAAGAGAAAAGAGGAAUAAAAAUUACGCGUCGUCUUACUGAUGCGAAACGUGAGAAGAAGGAUACUCAAACCUGUAGGAGCAAAUACAAAACCGCCAUUCAGUCUUUUUAUACUGAUUCUGUUAAUCAUUGUUGGAAUCCAUGCAUUACCAGUGCCCUUGCAAACAAUGACUACCAGGCUGCGGUAGAUUGCUGUAGUAAAAAAUAUGAGGAUGCCAAGUCUCAGUGGAAUACGGAUCUAGAUAAAGUCGAUGACUGCAUUGAUAAAUUAUAAUCUAAUUAUAUACAUAUAUAUCUAUAUGUACUCUGUACUGAUUCUGCUUGGCAAAGGUUUUCUGCAGUUUUCCUCUCCCUUGAACAAAUGUACGAACCAAUGCGUUCGCUGUUAA